AUGGCUAAAAAUCCAGCUCUUCAACAGGCAUAUUGUGACUUCAUGAAUGAGUACGAGUCACAAGGUCACAUGGUCAAAGCAUCACUUGUUGAAGACCAUUCUAGAUGCUAUUACCUACCACAUCAUAGUGUCAUCAAAGAGUCGAGUACAUCAACAAAGUUGAGAGUUGUAUUUAACGGUUCACAAAAGACAAAUACUGGUAAAUCUUUAAACGACAACUUGUACGAGGGUCCCAAACAGAUCAUCAUCCAUCCUGAUGAUCAAAAGUAUCAAAGAAUUCUUUGGAGACAUACACUCGACUCACCAGUUCAAGAGUACGAAUUAACAACCGUAACAUAUGGUACCAAACCAGCACCAUUUUUGGCUUUGGCUACUUUAAAGCAACUUGAACUGGAAGAGGGAAAUAGGUUCCCGUUGGUUAAAUCAGCUAUUUCACAAGGGUCAUAUAUGGAUGACAUAUAUGUUGGUGCUGAUAAUAUACAACAAGGGGUUGACAAGGUGGUACAAAUACAACAAAUGCUUCACUCAGGUGGCUUCGAGCUGAGGAAAUGGAUAAGUAACUCGAGUGAGUUAUUGAGUAAAAUUCCAGUAGAAUUUCAUGAGAAAUCAUCCACCUCGAGUGAUAGUAAUCAAGUUUUCAGGACCCUUGGUCUCAAUUGGGAUACAACAGCUGAUUGUUUUAGUUAUAUUCCAAUAGUAUAUAAAGAACCUAAAGCAAUCACUAAGAGAGUCGUUUUAGCACAAGUGGCUCAACUAUUCGAUCCACUUGGUUGGAUAUCACCAGUCAUAGUUAAGGGUAAAUCAUUUAUGCAAUCUUUAUGGAAGAUUAAGCUUGACUGGGAUGAGCCAAUUCCUGAAAAUUUAUUGAGUCCAUGGAGAGACUUUGUCUCUCAACUGAGUCAUCUAUCUGAGAUAAAAAUACCGAGAUGGUUGAAUCUCACACCAACAGUUUCAUCCAUUGAGAUUCAUGGAUUUGGUGACGCUUCUGAUGCAGCAAUUGGGGCUGUAGUGUACUUGGUGUCUAUUGAUACUCUUGGUGUAGCCAAGAGUAAUAUAAUAGCAUCAAAAUCGAAGCUAGCACCUAUUAAGGCCGAAUCCAACAGCUCCAAUAAAACUAGAGUAAAAGUUUCGACACCGAGAUUGGAGCUGUCAGCCGCGGUGCUGUUGGUGAAAUUGGUGAGAGAUAUUCAACAGAGUUUGGGUUGUCAGUCAGCAAAGAUACACUUGUGGACUGACUCAUCCAUCACUGAUUAUUGGAUCAAAGGCGACGCUAGUCGUUGGAAAACCUUUGUCCAUAACAGAGUAGUAUUUAUAAAAAAUACACUCACACAGGCAACCUGGCAUCAUGUGCCAGGUGAGGAUAAUCCAGCUGAUAUCGUAUCACGUGGUACAUCAUCAUCACAACUGCAUACAGACACGUUGUGGUGGCAGGGUCCAGCCUGGAUUAUCAAAAGUCAAGAUUCAAGGCCUGUGUUGAGUAACCCAGAGAUAGACAUGAUCCAGGUUGAAGAAAAGCCAUUAAUUUGCAAUGUGACGUCAACCAGACGUGAAGAAUUUUUGGACAACUUCUCGUCAUUGGUCACGGCUGUUACAGCAGCAGCUUUGUGGAGAAGAUUUUAUCAGAGUUUCUCGUUGAAAUACCCUGUAAAUAAAUCUUCUUGGAUUACAUCUGAAGAACGUCAGAAUGCAUUGCUGGGCUUGGUAGUAAAUAAUCAAUGGUUAUAUUUUAGUGAAGAGAUUAAACAAUUAUCAAAGGGUAAAACCUUGUCAAAGUCUAGUUCUUUGAUAAAAUUGACACCAUUCCUUGAUAGAGAUGGUGCUUUGAGAGUCGGUGGCAGACUGAGUAAAUCUCUCAUGACAAGUGAAGAAAAAUAUCCGUUGAUACUGCCAAAAGAGUCGAAACUUACUGAGCUGGUAUUACAUGAGUGUCAUGCAAAUACUUUGCAUGGUGGUGCACAACUUAUGUUGGCCACCUUGAGGCAACAAUAUUGGAUUGUUGGAGGACGUUUACCAGUCAGAAGUUUCAUUAAUAAAUGUGUUGUUUGUGUGAGACAUCAAGCUGAAGCUGCACAACAGUUAAUGGGUCAACUACCAGCAUCAAGAGUAUUGAAAUCAAGGCCAUUUCUCCAUACAGGAGUUGAUUAUGCUGGUCCAUUUGAACUGAAAACAUGGUCAGGUAAAUGCAACAGGUCAUACAAGGCCUACCUGGUUGUGUUUGUGUGUAUGGAUUCGUCAGCCGUUCAUCUCGAUUUAGCAACUGACUAUACAACUGAGGGUUUUUUGGCAGCAUUUAAGCGAUUUGUCAGUCGUCAUGGACGAUGUGAGAAAUUGUUCAGUGACUGUGGCACUAAUUUUGUGGGUGCAGAUGCGGAGUUAAAACGCAUGUUUAAGGCAUCCUCAAAAGAAGUAAAAAAUCUGGCCAGUCUUCUAGCAAAAGAUGGUACAGAUUGGAGUUUUAUUCCACCUGGAUCACCACAUUUUGGUGGUAAAUGGGAAUCAGUUGUAAAGUCAGCCAAACAUCACAUCAAAAGAGUCAUAGGUGAUCAUAAACUCACCUACGAGCACUUCAGUACCUUUCUGACACAAGUUGAGUGUCUACUUAACUCUAGGCCAUUGUGUCCAAUGUCUGAGGAACCUGAUGACCUCCAGGCAUUGACACCUGGUCACUUUCUCAUUGGGGAACCACUUAAUGCUGUGCCUGAGCCAUCAGUGUUAGAUGUUCCUGACAAUAGACUCAACAAGUGGCGAUUGUUGAGGAAGUUUAUGGAGUCAUUUUCGGAUAGGUGGUCGAAGGAGUACUUGCAAAAGUACUUGGUCAGGUCAAAGUGGUUAAAGACAUCUCCAUGCAUUAAAGUGGGUACGAUGGCUUUGGUCAUUGAUGAGAGAUUGCCACCCGGUAAAUGGGCAUUGGCACGAGUAACUGAAGUGUUUCCUGGAGCUGACGGAUUAGUCAGGGCAGUCACUGUGAAAACACAAACUGCUGAGUAUCAGAGGCCAGUGGCUAAGUUAUGUGUUUUGCCAAUUGAGGUUGACAAUUAA